CGGCAAGGCAGACACAUCCCUUGCAAGCAUUUGAAUCCUUCAACACUAUCCCCUGAAAGGCAAUAGCCGAGACGAAAAUCAUACCACCUGUCAGCGCUUGGAAUUCAGCAGACUCGAGACAGGUCUGCAAUCACAACACAUAAUAAGUAAAUGGUCCGUGUAACACUUGUUAGGCACCAAUUUAAUCCUCGAAUUUCCGAGAAUAUUUAACAUCAGCUGUCUCUGGUUCAUCACCCUUAUUACUCAACACCUUCUCAAGACAAAACAACCUCAAUCCAAAUCCCAGACCGCUUUCAACAAUGCAGACCAAGGCCUUCAUCACCGCUCUUCUCGCUGCGCUUCCCGCCAUCCAAGCCUUCAAGUUCACAGGCCCCGAUCCCUCCAAAGUCCUCGACGUCAGCAAGGAGAUCAUCAUCACUUGGAGCGGUGGCGUCCCCGAUAAUCUCCCACGCAAGCUUGAUUUCGGCUGGCAUUGUGAGCCUGACCAGCUCAAUACUCUCGAAUCAGAUAUCAGCCAAAUGCGGGAUGACAUCUAUCUGUCCGACGGCGAGUACAAGAUCAAAUUCGGCGACAACUUCCACCGCAUGCUUGACGAAUUUGCCGACAAACUAGCUAAAGACAAGCUGUUCACUUUCCAGGCUAUCUUCAAUGAUCGAACAGAUGACCGUGUUGUUUACUGGAGCCAGAACUACACUCUUAGUGGUCUAGACAAGGGAGCUGGUUCGGAGCCUGAGGUUGAGCUAUAGGGAAAUGAUAUGUUGGUCUUGAGGCUGGUAUCGACGAGUUGCAAUGCCAUAGGUCUUUCGCUACGAUUGUUUCUUUCAUAGUGGAAAGUCAGGCUUUUGCUUCUAUAGAACUGAAGUAAUUAGUUUGGAAAUGUCUUGACGGGCGAAUUACGAGUCACAAAAAGUCAUUUGUAUUAAGUUUAAUUAUCAAGCUAUUAUCAGCUCUAUGAACUACUAGGUGAAUAUCUAUAUAUCAAACUAUAUAAGCUCCCAA